CACUCACCUACUUUUUUUCUCGGCGCUCUCGCUGCCGUCGGCCGGUCCUCUCCCGCUCGCGGUGCCUGGAGCCGCUGCAGGUGCUGACUAUGAAGGUAUCAGUACAGGCUGUGGCAGUGUGGGGGAAAAUAGCUCCCUCUCAUAGCAUCACUGCUAUUAUGAUUACAGAUGACCAGCAGACUAUAGUUACGGGAAGUCAAGAAGGGCAAAUAUGUCUCUGGGAUCUUUCAUCAGAAUUAAAGAUUUCAUCUAAAGAAAUGCUCUUCGGCCAUACUGCUUCUGUAACUUGUUUGGCAAAAGCAAGAGAGUUUGAGAAACAACCAUAUGUAGUAAGUGCUACUGAAAAUGGGGAGAUGUGUGUUUGGAAUGUCACUAGUGGACAGUGCAUUGAGAACGCAAAGCUUCCUUAUAGGCAUACAGCAAUCCAUUAUUACCAUUGCUCAUUCCGAAUGACAGGUGAAGGCUGGCUUCUUUGUUGUGGAGAAUAUCAAGAUGUUCUUAUUAUUGAUGCUAAUAGUUUGGAUGUUCUUCACACUUUAUCAUCAUCUCAGUCUUCUGAUUGGAUAAAUUGUAUGUGUAUUGUACACUCUGCAAGAAUUCAAGAAGACUCAUUGGUGGCAGUGUCUGUAACUGGAGCUCUUAAAGUGUGGGACCUGUCUUCGUCUUUGAAUAGCAUACAGGAGAGACAAAGUGUGUAUGAGAAGGAAUCAAAAUCUCUGGACUGUAUAAAUUGUCAAGCGGUACGGUUUUGUGCAUACACAGAAAGGCUCCUUCUUCUUGUGUCUUCCACAUGCUGGCAGGUCUAUGAUUACUGUGAUUUCUCCUUGCUUUGUACUGAGUUCUGUAAAAGUGGUCAGUGCUUUGCUGGUGGAGAAGUACUAGCAGCUUACAGACUUAUCAUCUGGACAGAAGAUGGCCACAGUUACAUCUACCAGCUGCUGAACAGUGGACUUUCUAAAAGCAUGUAUCCUGCUGAUGGGAAGGUCCUGAAAGAAACUGUUUAUCCUCAUUUACUCUGCUUUACUGAUGUGAAGGAAAAUAAGAGUUUUUCUUUUGUCAUGGGCUUCCUGAAUGAAAGAAAGGAGCCUUUCUAUAAGGUUCUUUUUUCUGGUGAAGCUUCAGGAAGGAUCACGUUGUGGCAUGUUCCUGAUGUCCCUGUGUCAACAUUUGAUGGUUCUCCAAAAGAGAUCCCAGUUACAGCAACAUGGAGUCUUCAGGAUAAUUUUGAUAAACACCAUUCAAAGUCAGAGGGCAUUAUUGAUCAUCUUUGUGCAUCUAAAGAUGGAAUUGAAAGUGCAGUUGUCAGUUCCUCUAUAUACAUACCCAGUUUUGAUAAGCUUGUGUGUGGAUGUGAAAAUGGGAAAAUUUUUGUAACGCUAGGUUUAAACACUGCAAGAGCAAGACUUUUGGAAAACAUAUCUUUGAAAGAUAAUCUACCUUAUAAGGUUCUGAACGGUCAUAGUAGCAGAGUCACUUGUUUACUUUAUCCACAUGAUAACUCAGUAAGAUUUGAUCCAAGCUGGCUGCUAUCAGGGGGCCAGGAUUCUGUUGUGAUCUGCUGGGAUAUAUUUACUGGAGGAAUCUUACACCAAUUUAGUCUGCAAGCUGGUCCAGUGACAGAGCUUUUGAGAUCUCCGGAAAACUAUAAAUUAAAAGACCAUGGUAUAGUGUGUUGUGUGUGCAGUGAUCACUCUGUAGCAAUUCUAGACCUUCAGAAGAGAAUAUGCCUCUUACAUGCCAGAAAGCAUCUGUUUCCUGUGAAGAAGAUAAAAUUUGACCCUGUUGAAAAUCUGCUAAUUGUUGGAUGUGAAGACAAUUCAGUUUAUAUUUGGGAAAUUGAAACAGGCACACUGGAAAGACAUGAAACAGGUGAAACAGCAAAAGCAAUUCUUAGUGCUAUGGAAGAUUCAGGAUACCUGGUGGCAGAUGCUCUACUUCCUGCAUCUCAAGAGUCAAAAAGAAAUAAAAAUGCUGGAUACAAACACUCUAACUUCUAUAAACAUGGUAUGCUGUUCUGUCCUGUUGUGCAAUUUGACUCCAGCUGUUAAAGAUUAACUGAUACCAUCUGCAUUCAACAGCCCUUUACUAUUUUACCAGUUAAGACAAAAUGGAACAGUUCAAACUUUCAUGUUCUUUUAUUCGAUCUGGAAAGACUCAAAGAACUUCUGCUGUCAUCUCAGUUCAAUGGAUUAAAGUCUUCAAAUUCAUUCCACAACUAUGACACUCUAGAAAGAGCCAAAAGUGCUACUGAGAAAAGGGCAUUGACAUUAAAGAGAAAUAAAACUGCUGGCUCCAUAGUUCCAGUGGAUGGGCAAGUAGAUACUGUUUGUUCAAUACAGGUCUGUAGGGAUAACAACACAGCUAGGCCUUUGGAAGAAAGUGGCAUGAAAAGACAGAAGAAAAUGAAGAGUUCAAGAAAGAUUAGAAUGCAGCCAUCAGGUAACAUUGAUGUGAACAUUGUCACUGAUACAGCUAAACUGCUUUUGUCGUGUCUCUUACCAUGGGGUGUAGAUAAAGAAAUAGACAAUCUUUGUGUUAGACAUUUAGAUAUCUUGAGGCUUCAGCAUCCUGUUUCUUUUGGACUUGUGUCACAUGAAAACCACCUGUCACUAAUGUUGCCAGGAUGGAAAUGUACUGAUUGUGGCAUGCUAGAAGAACAUGCAAUAAUCAACUUGUUUUCGAAAAGAGUGCUCGAUUUAUCAAACAAGUACCUUGCUGCAACUGAAGGAUGUACUGGAAAGAACGAUGGACCCGAGAAUAAUGUUUAUGAAACAAAGGGAUUGGAAACAGUAUUCUUCUUAUUUAGCAGAAUAGCUUUGAUCAACAGGAUAAUUAACAUACCUUCAACAAUUACGGAUGACAUUGAAAGUACACAGAAAUCAGAAUCUGUACCUGACAAAUGGCGAAAUAUCUCAGACAUUUUAGGAAUGACCUCCUUUAUAUUUUGUAUUAUGAAUGGUAAAAGUAGAUAUCAUUCCCCGGACUUUGGGAGUGUUUCAUUGCUGAAACUCAUUUGUUGUUGGAGUGACCAAUCUAUAAAGAUCAUUGAGGCAAUGCAAGCAGUGCUGCUGGCAGAAGUUCAAAGGACUAUGAAUACCUUAAGAAAAACAACAAUCUGCAGAGAGCCAUUGGCCAUGGUAGAGAAUGGAAAUGGUAAGUUGCAGACAUUGCCAGAGACUGAGUAGAGGGAUUUGCAAUAUACUAAAAAUGUUUCUUUGCCAUGUAGAAGGAACAACCUUCCUCUCCAAAUUGAGCUCAGUGCGCUGAAGCAUGACAAGAGCUCCAACUCGGCAAACUUCCAAGACGUGGAGGAUGCGCCUGACAGAUGCGUCUUGGAAGAGUCUGAGAGUCCAGAUGACAUGAAGUCACAUCCCUGGAUAUCCAAGGUGUGCUCCUGUAAGGUGUGUUAGAAAAACCUGCUUAGCCAGAAGAAUUAGAAGAUGCGCAAGAACAACCAAGAAAGGAACAUAUGUGGUCUGGACAUGAGAUGGCUUAUUGUAGUUAUUAUCGUAUGCAUUUAACAGUUCAUUUUCAGAAGAAAUACCUUCUAUAAGAUCAGCUUCUUUUUGCUGAUUUGUUAGCUUCAAUUCACACUUCCAUGACUAAUAGAUUUACAUUUAUUCAACUAGAAUUAGAUAGCUCUAGCAUAGAAAAUACCAACUCUUUAUUUUUAGAUGUUUUUCUCUAGUUUAUGUAGUGAUCCCAAAUCUUAGAAUUUUGGCCAUAAAAAUUUGCAUCAAUUUUAAUAUUCUUUUAUAUACAUAAAAUUUAAAUUUUUCUCUCUCCUUGCUUCUGACUUUUAUGACCAAUAACAUUUUAUCACUGAGCAAAACCAAAUGCAUUUGAAAUAAUUAGAAAAAUUGUUUGCAUUUAAAGGGAUUAACAUGGAGUAUUUAGAAAAAACUAAAAUAUAAAGAAUGUUUUUUGCAGAGGAGAGCAUGGGAAAUGUAUUAUAAAUCUGGCAGUAUCUAGGAUGUGAAUUUUCCUUUUCUAUAAAUACUGUCAUCACCAUCACCUCUGGAAAUGUAGUACCAAUAUGAAGCUGAUUGGAGUCCUCUUCUGAAAUGAUACUGAAUUUCUAUUUGUGCUCAUUGGGAAAAGCAGCUAUACAUUUUUGUCUUUCAAAAAAUAUGUAUUAUUGUGUUUGGAGAAUAUUUGGAGCUUAUUAGGCUCAUUGACCACCUGAUGUUCUUGGGGAUUUAUGGUGGUUUGAUAAAAAAUGGCUAUUCAGAGCAGUAAGCUCACUUUCUGUAUUACCAAUGGUCAGAGUGCUAAUGAACCCAAAGGGACUUGAGGAUGUGCUUUUCUGGAUCUGUACCUUUUGGAGGAAAUCAAGGUCUCAUGUGAUCCUUCCUAACUGUCACAUUAGGCAUAAGCUGCCUUACCUAUCAGAGUGAAGAUUGCUUCAGUGUGGAAAGAUUCCCUGGCAAUGAAUCUCUUUCUUACUUGUGGGGAAAUGUCAUGGGUGCAGGAGUGACAAAACCAGGUUUCUGUUGCCACACUAUGGUUUGAUUUUGGUUAAACAAACACUAAACCUUUUUUUUUUUUUUGUUUAUUUAUAUCUCAUGAAUCCGUAUCUCUAAAGGUGAUGUAUGGCAGUGAGGUCUACAGAAACAUUGAGUGGAUGGGUCUUCUGAGAAGUAGCAUUUCCUUUUUUAUUCAGCUAAAGAAUAUGUCUUUAAAAUAGGUUGCAAUCCAGAGAAGAUAAAGAUAUUUGUUAUUUUUCUGUAAUUGUAAAUAUUGUGCAGAAAAAUGACAUCUUUUAACAGAAAAGUCACUGGUUUUUUACACAUUUGGUAUUUUUCAGAAACAAGUUUUCUUAUUCUUAGAAGGCAAUUUCCUAUGUAAAAUUUAUCUUCUGCUUAUAUAAGCUUGUGUUUGAAUUAUGGUGACUAAACAAUCUGGAUGUUGAGUGUUAUGGCUUUGUUCUUUCGUUUAUUGUGCUGGAUGUCUGGAAUAAUUUCAUUGACUUUUUUAUACUUGUACAGUACAAUUGAGAGCAGAACAUGUCUUCAGCUGACAUAUAUACUCUUUUAUGGGUAAAUCAGAGAUGCAAACACCAAGAAUGUAAAAAUAAAAUUGCAAAUAUAACUAGAGGAACUUAGUAACUCUACAGGAAUCUUGCAGUCUGUAAAAUAAGUGGCAAAUAAAGGAUGGACCUUGCUGUCUCCUUUGCCAUACAUCCUUGUCACCAGUCACCUCUGGUUUGGCAUUGAAAUGUCCAUUUCCCUUCACAACAAACAUUUCUGCUUUGUAUCAGCAUCUGCUCGCUUAGGCCAGCUCUGUUCUUAGUGCCAGGGUGACAAACCUCCUUAAAACUAUUUCUAUUAGCUAUUUUAAAACCUGAUGAGUUCAAAGAGGUCUCAUAGCUCAAGGAAUUGGCAUUGUCCAUAACACCCAGUAAUGCUGUAGUAGCAAUUACAUUUGUGCAACACAA